ACGAACUCGAUCGUGGACGUUGUGAUCAGUUGUCGGCAGACCGGUCAACAUGUGGUGAUCCCUAUCCAUAUCAUCCUGCCUGCUUAUGAUGACGAAUCCGUGGCUGGAGUUGUCGGCACUCAGUCGUGGUGGCCGUUAUUCGGACUCACGUGGAUUCACCUCUUUGCGCUGAUUAUACUUACAUUGUUGGUUGCUAUAUUUGGUCAUGUUAUGACUAAGUCAGCCACUUUGGUCAGCAAUUCCUCGGGAUCUGGCUCUUCCGUGACCAAGAAUCUCCCUACUGCUGUACCACCGUCUCUGGUGAGUCCACUUCAUUCUAGCCCACGGAAGCUGUGGAGUCAAGGCUAUACCAUUUCACCGACACGAGCGGUAUCACUGACCUCCCAAAGUCCACAAGAACAGCCACAACAAAUGUUCAAUACUGGUGUCAGUGGUGGGUCACACUUGUUCGGACCGAAUGUUCACCAGCGCUAUCGGUCUGGAGGAAGUCCGAUCGUGUCAGAUAGCGGAGAUCUUUUACUGGAAGAACAACGUUGGCGAAACGCGCUAACAGGCAAUUCACCUCGUUUGCGAGACACAUUCGAUAGCAUUUAA